AUGGCCAAGAAGAAAAUCAAUGGAAAUAAUAUCAAGUAUUAUAUUCAUCAAAGGGUUCCAGUGAGGGAAUUAUUUAGUGAGGCUAUUGAAGUUGAGCCUAUUCUUUCUAUAGAGAUACAGGAAAACAUACUUGAUGAGUUAAAAAAAAUUGUUACAUUGAAUCCAUAUUAUGUUAAAUCAUUUUUAAAAAAAUACAUAGAGUGGAUAGAAGACAGAAGAAAGGAUUGUAUCGACGAACUUUAUGAGUUUCUCUGUACGAGUGAUGUGAUGGAUGCUAUGGAACUAAAUGCUACUGAACCUGACAUACUUCAAUAUCAUAUUAAUGGAUUUUCUAGCUGUAACGAUAGCUCUUUUGAAGAUACGACCAUAGGAGUUAAAGAGUUACCUAGACUCAUUUCUGGAAGUAAUACAACAGGUUUAAGAACUUGGGAGGCAUCUCUAUAUCUCGCUAACUACUUGAACGAAAACAUCUAUGAUUUAGAGAGUCGAACAGUCUUGGAAUUGGGAUCAGGAACUGGUCUUGUCCUGCUAUCCCUCAUAAAAAACUAUCAUUUUUUAGUCAAAAACAUUCGUCAAGUCAUUUUAACUGACGGCUCUUCGGAGCUAAUCGAAAAUUUGGGAACCACUUUUGAUCUUAAUAAUAUAGAUCAAAAUGAAAAAAAGUUUCCCUUAAUAAGAGCCCAGCAACUAAUAUGGGGUCCUCCAGAAUCUGCCGAGAUGAUUCCUCAAGCAGACUACGUGUUUGGAGCAGAUAUUACGUACGAUCCUGAAAGCUUCCACUCAUUGUGCAUAACGUUAGAUGCUUUUUUCUGUAAAGGCACAAAGAAAGUUGUAAUAGCAGCUACAAGGAGAAACGACAUUACUUUAGAGCUUUGGGACAAGAAGCUUGAUCAAUUUUUCAGUCAAAGAUGGCGCAUAGUAGACCGUUGUCCAAUACCGCACGAGAUCGAAUGCAGUUGUUGGUUCCAAAAAGACACACCAGAAAUAAGAGUUUACGAGAUAUAUAACCUGAAUAGCAUUUAA